AUGCGGUUUCAUCAAACUUGGCUGGGGACCCUGUCUCUCCUGACAUCCCUCUCCACCCCAACGCUCGCAAAUCAGGAUCCCGACACUCUUGAAAAUGCCAACCACAUCUUCAACGCCAUUCAGUCCACUCUGAGACAUCAUGGCUCAGAGGUCAACUACAACGGCAUGUCAUUCUACCGAGCCAGCGUGCCAAAAGGCACCAAAUUCUACCAUGGAACCGGUCUCAAAGACCCGAUUCAGGGACUAGAGUGGCUCGCCUUUAAGCCCGAACACUCGCUAGGCUUCGCCCACCGCAGCGGCAAUAAGUUCUUCGCCAAGAAGGACCUACAACAGCCUAUUAACGAGUAUACGGAGUCAGAAUGGGAUGGACAUGGAUACCUGCACACCUAUGCGGCUGCUAAGGACUUGCGCUUGCUUUACAUCGAUGGCAUGUCCGCUGGACCUGGCGGUGGAGCCGAAUCGCAGGACCGUAUCCUUUACAAUAAUACCAUCAAUGGAGACCGACCGGUUGGAGGUCCUAAGAUCGGAGGACCUCCCCAGGAGCAGCAGCGGGCGAUCGAGGCGUGCCGCAUGGCAAAGGAGGAUUGGAAUGAUAAAAUCGAUGGUAUAGUUCGCACCGAGGGUGAUUUUGAGAUCAUUCUGUGUAACUUUGAGCGGGAUCUUGAGGUCGUCCAUAUCACUCAAACAAAGCCCCAGGAAAACUCGGGCCGUCCUGGUGGGCCAGGUGGCCCUGGUGGCCCUGGUGGUAGAAAGGGAAGAAAGGGAGGUCAUGGUCCUGGCGGUCCUGGCGGUCCUGGAGGCCCAUUCAAAGGUCCACGUUCAGGACUUAAAUACUGGUCCCUGGCCACGCGCUUCGAUGAACGCCUGGGAGAAAAAGUGCAAGUUGACUUGAACAACUUCGUCUCAGCUUACACCUACGGCCUCGACCUGUUCCCCGACAACGCCUCUGUUCCCCAAGUGGGCCACAUCCCAGUUGAGGAGCUACAGCCCAUUCGACAGGACGUCUACAAGAUGAUCGACACAUGGGAUACACCAAUCGAUACCUUUGACUGGCAGGCUAUUGCGGACAUGAUUGUAUUCCAAUAUUCCGAUGAACUGAAGAGUCUAGCCGCUGGAACAUUUUCGUCAACAAAGGAGCUGCGGGAUCACCUCGAGGGCCUUUUAGAGCCAUUCAUUGACUACCGAGACUUUAAUGAUGGUGAAGUGAUUAUCGACCGCUGUGCACGUGAAUGGAUUCCUAGCUCAGCCCCUGUCGGUUCCCUGGGUGGCAAUGCGGUGUUCUCGGUCGCCCGCUCAGUCUGUUCUACUCUUGUAUCGGCACUGAUGGACGAUGAACAAGACCUGGAAACAUCCGUGGCCAAGUUCAACGAUCUGGUCGGUUACCUUCAAUGGACCACAUGGGCAGGCGAUGAGUGA